UUGCUCACUACCGGUGGCUCCCUACCGGUGGCUCCAUGACAUCCAUCCUCACGCACUGUAUCAAGCAACCCCUAUCUUUUGCCAUAUAUAGCUGGGGGUCUUCUCCGUCAUGAUGAACUCCACAAUAGAAGUGCCGAUGCUCUUUGCUCCCUCCAUUAAGCGAACAAUCUUCCGUUUACCUCAUCAUGGCGGAAACUUUCAUCACCGACCAUGACGCCAUGGGCGAAAAAGCUGAGAUCGCCCAUGAGGAGGUCUCUCAGUUGGCCCAGCUGACGGAGGAAGAGAAGAUAUUAGAGAGACAAUUGCGGCGGCGGAUUGACACCCUCAUCAUGCCGUUGGUCAUCCUCGUCUAUCUGAUGAACUACAUCGACCGAAAUAAUUAUGCCGCCGCCAAGCUUCAAGGCCUGGAACAGGACCUCUCCCUCAAUGAACAAAAGUACGAAACGGGGCUUUCCAUCCUUUUUGUCGGCUAUAUCCUCAUGCAGGUCCCCUCCAAUCUGCUUCUCAAUUACAUGGGCCGCCCUUCGCUCUAUCUCGGUUUCUUCACCACGGUAUGGGGUCUCGUCUCGGCCUUGACCAGCCAAGUCACAAAGUAUGGGGGCAUCGUAGCCUGUCGGUUUAUUCUCGGUCUGGUCGAGGCGCCUUUCUUCGCGGGCGUGCUUUUUUAUUUGUCCAAGUGGUAUACAAAGAAGGAGCUGGCCCUGCGCAUGAGCAUCUUCUACUCCGGCUCAUUGCUUAGCGGUGCCUUUGGCAACUUGAUUGCUGCGGGUAUCCUUGACGGACUAGCCGGUGAGAGAGGUAUGUCGGCCUGGCAAUGGCUGUACAUCAUCGAGGGGUCCAUCACGGUCGCGAUCGGCCUAGCCAUCUGCGUUGUGCUCCCCGACUUUCCGGACACCUGGAAACUCUUGUCGCCAGAGAUGAAACAAGUUGCCACUCGUCGGUUGGCCAUUGAGGCGGCCGAGGCAGAUGUUGACGAGGGCGGCAGCAUGAGCCAGAUCAAGGGCCUGAAGCUAGCGUUCGCUGAUGUCAAAACCUACCUUCUUGCUAUUGCGUACAUGUCUCUCACCGCCGCUAGUGGGUUCCAAAACUUCUUUCCGACCUUGACGGAGACGCUGGGUUAUAACCGAAUCAUCACCCUGCUCUUAGUGGCGCCACCUUACGUUUUCAUGGUUGUGUACAGCCUUGCCCACUCAUACCUGUCCGAUCGAUUCGGUUAUCGCUUCUGGUUCUUUGUCGGUCCAAUUCCCAUCACGAUUGUGGGAUUCAUCAUCUUCAUGACGACCGACUCCUUCGGACCUCGGUAUUUCUCCUUUUUCCUGAUGAUCUUCGUCUUUGCUCAGAACGGCACAUUGUAUUCCUGGAUCGCGAAUGCAAUUCCCCGGCCUCCAGCGAAGCGAGCUGCCGCGUACGCAUUCAUCAACUCGGUUGCCAACUCGGCCAGUAUCUGGACCCCGUACACUUACCUGGAACAGGAAGCGCCUUAUUACUACACCGCCAUGGGAGUGUGUAUCGGGAUGCAGGUUCUUAGCGCCGUCGUGGCAGCCGCCCUGUACUUCCACCUGAAUCUCCAGAACAAGCGGCUGGCCCGGCUGGAGGAUGAGGACGCCAUCUUGACGGACAAGGAGAUUCGACGGCUGCAGAGGACAGCGGAGGUGGAAGGAAUUGAUAUUGCGGCAGCGCGUCGGCUCCAAAAGGGGUUCCGAUAUGUGACCUAAUUUAGAGCUGUGUACGGCGUAUAUAAAGAGGGUAUAUUCUUGCUCAAGAUGUCCCAUGUACCUCAUGGCAGAAUAAAGCAUAC